AUGUGCCAGUUGGCACGGUAUUUUGCUCGCCUUUUUGAGGUUCAUCAUCGUGCACAUACGGAAGCUCUACGGAAUGUGUUUCUCAAGUACGCCAGUGUCGUGUCCCAUGGCGAACAUUAUAUGACACCUGAGGAUUUCAUCGUUCGUUUUCUGAAACUGGUGGACAAACUCGAUGGUAAUGAAGUGUCCGUGACCACAUUGGCUCGCGCUGCUGACACGACUAGAGACGGGCUAAUUUCCUUCGAUGAGUUCCUCGCGUUCGAAAAUCUUUUGUGCACCGCGGACGCUUUAUACUCGCUGGCUUUCGAACUAUUCGAUCGUGAUGGAGAUGGAUACAUUUCGUUCGAUGAUUUCCGGGAAGUUCUCGAAUCUACCCUACCCAAUGUUUCUAUUCCAUUCGACUUCGAUUGUGAUUUUGUUAGCUUGCAUUUUGGCAAGGACAGAAAGCGACAGGUCUCUUCUGAGGACUUUACUCAACUCAUUCACGAUCUAAAUGACGAACACGCUGUCCAGGCCUUCAAACGCUUCGAUCAGACUCACACCGGGACAAUUUCUGUCACUGAUUUCAACAAUAUCAUGCUUCUGCUGAAGAAUCACAUGUUAACCAAAUUCGUCCGCGAUAAUUUAUUGGCUGUGAGUGGAACCAUUCUCCUGUUAUUUCGCUAG